CCUAGCGGAGCAUCACAGAUAGCGUCACUGUAAUCCCCCACCCCAAAAUCAGAGAUCGGAUCGAUCCGCCGGCGGCCACGCCGGUCAGGUGUCCCCGGCGGCGAAGCUCGGCGCGACGACGGACCCUUCCUGGCGAUGGGGUGCGGUGGGAGUCGUACAGGCGCGCGGCGGCGGCGGUCUCGAUGGCGUCGCCGCUCCAGGGUGUUCCAUUCCGGCGUCGUCGUCGGUGCGAGCGGGACGGGGCACAGCGGUGGCGGUGGGGUUGGGGCGGUGGCCCGACCAACAAGACACUGGCGGUGAACUUCCAAAAGGUACCAGUGGCCCUCAUCGCAUAGCGCCAUUCAUCAAGUGAUUUUAAAUCAAAUUAGUUGAUUUUGGUUUUCAAUUACUCACUCCAAAUGGUCGAGUAGAAUCACGAGACACUGCCAAUUUGUGGUGGCGAGUCUGUUUUGUAGAGUAGCUUACAUGUUGCGUGUUCUGUGGUCUGAAGAAUCUGCAUAGCCUGAUUUCUGUUGUCUGAAGAAUCUGCUGUCCAAGUUGUGUCCUUGUCAGCAUAGUGAACUCUGCUUUAGCUUGCACAUGCUGUAUUUGUGGAGAAGUAAUUCUAAAGAAAAAAGGAAAAAAAAUGUUAUUCAGACAUAAGGUUGUCUCCUCACUGAAGCUAGCACAUCACUAAGGCCUUUGGAGACGCAUUACCUGACGUGCAACCGGCAGAUCCUCACAGAAGUUAGCCCAAUCAUCAAAUCAAAUGAUUUCAUUGCGGUUCUCAAGUUAAGUAUUAUUCAUUGCUUGGAGGUCGAAUGGAAUUAAAGUAUUAUUCAUUGCUUUCCACAUAUACAUUACAGCUAGAAUCGGAUGCUAGCUGCUACUCUUCUAACCAAAGCACCCCCCCCCCCCCCCCCCCCCCAAAAAAAAGUUACUUCUUGAUCUGUUCAGCACCUGGUGUUGUUUCCUGCUAUAAUCUCCGCCUUAAAUUUGUAGCUUUGAGCAAUCACUUUGGAAGAAACAACAUUUCAACUCCUCAUAUAAAUUUCAAUAAAAAAAAACUCCUCAUAUAAUUGUCAUUUUGGUGCUGCACUGAAUGACAUGAAUUUGCCUACCCUGCAAUUAGAAUGAGCUUGUUGUGCAUCAUAAGUUAACUGGACUAAUUUGAAACAAACUGACCAGUUGUUUUCUUAAGCAUAUGGGUGUUGCAGCGGUUAAUUGGUAAUUGGGAGCAAUACAGCCUUCGCUAGAAAAAAAGUGGAAUGACUGACGUGCAGUUUUGGACUAAAGUAGCUGCCUUGCCUGGCCUGCAAGGAUCAUUGAUCCUCCAGCUCCAUAUCUUACCUCCUUGCUGCUUUUGUAUUCUGCAGGGAAACCAAAAGGAUAUUGGCAGGGACCAAUAUCUUCAGAACUAGCAUUAGCACCAACACCUCAUAUCACAGCAAGAAAGCAACGAGAAGCAUGGAGGCGACGGCGGUUAGCUUGGGCAAGGCUGUGCUCGACGGUGCGCUGGGCUAUGCUAAGUCCAAGGCGGCAGAGGAAAUCGCGCUGCAGCUCGGUGUCGAGCGCGAUGUGAACUUCAUCAAGGACGAGCUGCAGAUGAUGCAGUCGUUCCUGAUGACGGCCGAUGAGGAGCAAAGCCACAAUAAGGUGCUCACCACCUGGGUGAAACAGAUUGGGGUCCUGGCCUAUAAGGUGGAGGAUAGCCUCAUGGAUUUCGGCCUCCACUCGGAGAAAAAACCAUUCUUGGGCUGCAUCCCCCGCAACCCAGGUGAUCGACGCCGCAUUGCCAGGGAGGUGAAGGAGCUGAGGGCCGAGGUGGAGGAUGUGAGCAACAGGAAUCUGCGCUAUCGCCUCAUCAAGGAGAGUUCAGGCUCUAAGCCUACCGCGGUAGAGGAGCAGGCCAGCAAUGCCACUGCAGCACUGUUUGGCAUCAACGAAGCAAGACUUGCCGCCUUGGAGCAUGAAAAAUCAUCAGAGGCAGACCUCCACCAGCUGAUUACCAGCAAUGAUGUGGACCUUAGGGUGAUCGCCAUGUGGGGCACUAGCGGUGAUCUCGGGAAGACGUCCGUCAUCCAAGGGCUUUAUGAUGACCCAAAGGUAUUGAAAAGGUUUGGAUUCCGUGCUUGGAUUAGGUUGAUGCAUCCUUUCAAUCCGCAAGAGUUCCUCUGGAGCUUGGUAAGGCAAUCUUAUGAAAAUUCCCUUGAGGAGCUUGGAAAGCCUGAACAAGAAACAAGUGUCGGGGCUAAUGUUCUGGCCAAGAUGGAGAAGAUGGAUCAAAGUGAUUUAGUCCGUGUGUUUAAUGCACAGUUGUGUAGCAAUAGCUACCUGAUUGUGAUUGAUGACCUAUCCACAAUAGUGGAAUGGCAUUGCAUUAAGAAGUACUUUCCCGAUAACAAGAAACAAAGUCGAAUCAUCGUUUCGACGCUGCAAGCUGAAAUUGCAAGCUUGUGCACAGAGAAACCAUUACAAGUUUCGGUGUUGAAGCAGUUGUCAUGUGAUCAAACUAUUUAUUUGUUCCACAAGAAGAAUUCAGAGGAGCAGAUCAGCAUGAGCAGUGUUCGUGUGGAAAUGUACGACACCAAUGAUGAAGCAAUGCUUGCUGCUGUGGAGGAGGAGAAACAGAAGGCUAUGCAUGCAUCUUGUUCUGACGAGCCCACUUUCAAUUCAAACAACGUUACUACUACUGAGAAACACACAACAAUGCCCGCCAUUGAAAUACAAGAGGAAUACCAUGAACUUAAUAAUGCAGGUGAAGAAAAAGUUCAUAACUCAACUGCUAGAAAGAAGUUUGACCGCAGCAGGACAUUGGCACUGGCUGAUGAAGUGCUCUGUGGGCGAGAAACAGAGAAAUCUAUUCUUAUCAAAUUAGUUAGCCAUCCAGACAACGAUCAAGGCUGUAAGGUGAUCUCAGUUUGGGGAAUGGGGGGUCUUGGAAAAACCACCCUUGUCAGAAGCAUCUAUCGAAGCCAGCAGCUUGGUAGCUGGAAGCGUGCUUGGGCCACUGCAUUGCGUCCUUUUAACCCUGAAGUACUCCUUAGAGAUUUGGCUAUGCAACUUCAGGAUACUAUUCAAGAAGGUCCUGCCGGAUUAACAGCAACUGGAACACAAAAGAAAAGCAUAUCAGUACUGAAACUUCAAGACUUGAAGGAUGAGCUAGCUAGGGUACUAAAAUCGAAAAGGUGCCUUGUUGUUCUUGAUGAUAUAUCAUCCACUUCGGAAUGGGAUUUGGUCAAAUCAUGUUUGGAUAAUGCUGGAAGGAUCAUAGUCACCACAAGACAAAAAAAUGUGGCCAAAAAGUGUUCAAGAGAAGACAAGAACAUGUACUGUCUCGAAGGUCUGAAAGAUGAUGAUGCACUUGACCUCUUCAUAAAGAAGGUAUUCAAGGACAAUAUUGACAAACAUGAUUUAGACCCAGCUAUGAUGGAGCAAGCAAGAUUCAUCCUACAUAAAUGUGAUGGACUUCCCCUUGCAAUAUCGACUAUCGGUGGAUUCCUAGCCAGCAAGCCAAAGAAUGCUAUUGAAUGGAAGAAGAUGAAUGAUCAAAUUAGAACUGAAUUGGAGAUAAAUCCUGAACUUAGGACAAUAAAAACAAUUCUUAUGAGGAGCUAUGAUGGUUUGCCAUACCAUCUCAAAUCUGUUUUCUUAUACCUGUCCAUAUUUCAAGAAGAUCAUAGAAUUAGGUGGGGUCGCUUGGUGAGGCGGUGGAUUGCAGAGGGUUAUUCAAGGGAUAUGCAUGGCAUGACUGCAAUUGAACUUUGUCGGAGGUACUUUGAUGAGCUAUUGGAUAGGAGUAUGAUCCUGCCAGGAGAAGGGACAGACCAAUACAGUCAGAAAAUCAAUUCUUGCCAACUUCAUGAUAUGAUCCGUGAAAUAUGCAUCUCAAAAGCUAGGGAGGAAAACCUUGUUUUCACGCUGGAAGAAGGAUGUUGUUUGAGUGACACACAAGGUGCAAUACGUCAUCUUGUCAUUGGCAGCAACUGGAAAAGGGAUAAAGAUGUGCUGGAGAGCAAGCUAGACUUUUCACACGUACGGUCAUUGACCGUGUUCGGAGAGUGGAGAUCGUUUUUCAUCUCUGACAAUAUGAGGUUCCUCCGAGUGCUUGACUUAGAAGACACACUGGAGUUAAAAGAUCAUCAUCUUGAUGAUAUUGGGCAGCUCCGUCACCUCAAGUAUCUUUCUCUUCGAGGAUGUCGGAACAUUUUAUACCUGCCUAAUUCUUUUCAAAAUUUGAUGCACCUUGAAAUGCUGGAUGUCAGAGGUACACGUAUAUAUGAGUUGCCAACAACAAUCACCAAUCUUCUGAAGCUACAGCAUCUCCGUGCAGAUAGUUAUUACUACAACGAUGGUAAUGUCAAGGGAGAGGGUGACAUAGUUAAGAAGUAUAAAUAUUACACUAAACAUACUUCCACAUGUGGAAUAUGUGGCAUUUGUCUGUGCAGAUGUCAUCUUUUCUUGAGGCCACAAGUUUUAGAUGCUGGUUUGAACAGAUAUGAUAUAUUCAAUCUAUACCGCUUCCAGAAGAUGAAGCUAGAUGGCAUUAUACUUCCUAAAGGGAUUGGUAAAUUGAAGGCCCUUCACGCACUAGGUGCUGUGGAUGUCUCCGGGAGAAACGGAAACGCCACUAUAAAAGAGUUUGGAGAGCUUACUCAGCUACGUAAGCUUAAAGUGGGUGGUCUGAGCUACAGAAACAUCAAUGAGUUAUGGUCUGCCACUGCUGGUCAUAAUCAUCUUCAAUCUUUAUCAGUUGAAAUAGGCAAACCAUACCAAGAGAGGAAUGUGUUAGAUGGCUGUUUGGGUGAAGGUUUGCUGCCACCAAGCAGCCUUGAGAGCCUCGCUCUGCUUGGUAAGCUAGUCACUGUAACAGAAUGGAUCCAUAAACUUCAGAAUCUCUCCAAGUUGGUGCUCAUGGAUAGCAGAUUGGAGCAAGAUGAUGCCAUACAAGCCCUUGGGUUACUACCAAAUCUUGCAGUUCUACGUCUGGGGAUUGAUACGUUCGGUGGGACACAACUCCAUUUCCAUAGCUCAUCUUUCCCGAGUCUCAUGGUGCUGGAGUUGUAUUUGUUAGAAAACCUCCAGUCGGCGCUGUUUGAAAAAGAUGCAAUGCCUAAGCUCGAGCUGCUACAAGUUGGUCGGUGCUACAAGCUGGAUGCAUUCUGCGGGCUGCCAGCCCUCACAAGCCUCAAGGAAGUUCAGUUGGGUAGUCAUCGUCUCAGCGAAACAUUGAAGAAAUCGGUACAGGGUCAGGUAGCGGAGCAUAUGAGGCACGUCAGAGUGAAUAUUGUUGACAAAACUUUGUUUGUAUGUAUGUACAUAUAGAUUCCAUGGGAGACCAAAGAUUGGUGUGUGUAGACAGUUGCUCUUGUAAUGGUUCCUCUAGUACUAGUGUAGUGGACACCGCCAUGGCAGAAUAACCACUCAUUGCUUGGCAGAAGAAUUCAGUGUAAUGGUUACUUUUUUCUUUGUUUCUGUCUCCUGCAUGCUACAGUUGUGUACUUGCUGGGUUUGAAUUUGAAGUCGGGUCAUUAACCAACUACCCGUGAAACUGAA